CUAAAUCUUCACGCCCCGCGUCGGUUCCAUUGCCCGUUGUCCUCCUGCGGAGAAGCUAACUCCCCUGCCUUCCGUUCCGCUGGCCGACGCAAGCCACAGGACGGCAGUGCUACGGUCAUCCCAACUCCUCGUGAGGGUAAGAACUAAGAACGAUCUUACCUUCUCAUUAUCCGCAGGUGGAACCUUGUUUUUCCGGUCAGGGCAUAUCCUUCUCCGCACGGCACGGCUCCACCGCUCGCAGCGUCUCUCCACCGUCGCAGCAUCGCUGAAACACCGCCGUUCAACCGCUUGCAUCGUGGCCCGGAGACAUCGUUCUUGCUGUUGGGUUAGGCUAUAGCUACAAAGAAGCAAGUCAAUAGGAGAGUAGGGUGCGGUGGAAAUGGGGCAGCGAUUAGUUCCUGGAGUUGGAAGGUUUCAUUCUCUAUGAAAAUCAUUGUGGUAGUCGCUUACUUCCCUUAUCAUUUGAAAAUAUUAUUACAGGGAGGAUUUAGUUGCAGGAACUCCGAAGGGACGAGCUCGAUUUUGGUGCCUCUUUUUAUUGAUGGUAGUAUCUAGGCCUGUUGUGUGGCGGUACGAGAUGGCGUGCAGCCUUCACUUGCAGAAAUCUGUACCUUGUGUGCCUUUCGGUUACAUGAAUUGGAGUUUCGAUUCGGAUUUUGGGUGGUCUAAUGGUGGUGGGAAUCAAGGCUUGACCAAGGUGGAUGUAGCGGAAAAGGGUAACUCUAGUUGGGGAAGAACUAGAAGAGUUUCCUUGUUAGAAUGUCGGCGGGGUCACUAUAGGAGAGUUUGCCUCGAUCGGGUUAAUCCGGCGACCGUAAAUGGUCAUGAGCCAGUUGUUUCGACAAAGGGAACACGAAAAAAAUCACGGGAACCAUUUCAUUCACCUUCUGACGGACCUUACAUCGAGAACGAUCAGUCGUCGAAUAAUGAAUUCUUGUGGAUGCUGUGCAGAAGUGGAAAAAUGGUAGAGGCAGCGAAUCUGAUAGAUAUAAUGGCGAGGCUCAGCCAGGUUCCCGAUUUCUCGACCUGUAUAUCAGUGAUUCGUGGCUUGAUAAAGAGCGAUAGGAUUGAUAAAUCAAAAAGAGUUCUGAACAUCAUGGUUUUGUCUGGUGGUAUUCCUGAUUCAAUCACAUAUAACAUGUUAAUUGGUGCUUUGUGUCGCAAAGGGCAAAUCGGUGCUGCAAUUAGUGUUCUAGAUGGCAUGAGCGCAAGCGGAUGCACACCGGAUGUUAUAGCAUACAAUGCCAUCAUGAGGAGCAUGUUUGGUAUGGGGAAGAUUGAUCAGGCUAUCAGGUUUUGGAAGGAUCAGUUGAGAAAAGGCUGCCCUCCUUAUAUAAUUACGUACACUGUGUUCAUGGGGCUAGUGUUCCGGCAUCGUGGCGUUGAAUAUGCUCUGGAGGUCUUCGAGGACAUGGCUGCUGAAGGUUGCUAUCCCGACAUCGUAACAUACAACUCUCUGAUCAACAUAGCGUGUAAGGAGGGAAAGUAUGAAGAUGUGAACUUGAUGUUCUUGGAUAUGUUUGGUAGAGGAUUGGUGCCGAAUUCUGUAACUUACAACACGUUACUCCAUGGUCUGUGCAGAAUUGGCAGAAGGGGGGAGGCAGAGCAGAUCCUCUCGAUCAUGAACCAGAGUUCUAAUCCUCCUACUGUUGUCUCUUACAAUAUUUUAAUAAAUUGUCUGUGCAAGUCUGGUUUCUUGGAUCGAGCAGUUGAUUUUCUAGAACUAAUGGUUUCUGGAGGAUGUUGUCCUGAUAUCAUCACUUAUAACACUCUUUUGUAUGCAAUAUGCAAGGAAGGCAUGGUAGAUGAAGCGUUUUCUAUACUCCAUUUUUUGGGGAAUAAUGGUUAUACUCUUGUUCAGUCUACUUAUAAUAUUGUAAUUGACGGUUUGUCGAAGAACGGUAAUAUGGACAAGGCAAUGGAGCUGCUAAGGGAGAUGAUUAGCUGCAGGAUAUUUCCUGAUGACAUCACUUAUAAUUCAUUGAUAGCUGGGUUGUGUAAGGCAAACAUGGUGGAGUCUGCACUUCGGAUGUUGAAGGAAAUGACUAGGAGAAAACACAAGCCUAAGAUUACGACUUUUAAUGCUGUUAUUCAAGGCUUAUGCAGUGCGAAUAAAGUGGAUGUUGCAAUUGACAUCCUCAAUAUGAUGGUCUUGAAACAGUGCAAACCCAACGAGGUCACAUAUGCCACAUUGAUCAAGGGAUUGGAUGCUGUUGGGAAACAGGAUGAGGCUAUGGAGUUACGUAAUAACUUGAUUGAGCGCAAGGUUCUUAGGGAAAAAGUGGUGGAAAGAUUAAUACACGAGAAAUGAUCAUCUGACAGCUUACGUCAUGGACCCAAUUAGUACCUGAACAAUCCUUUGGCAGUUUUAUGGACUUCUUUCGGUAAACGUUCAACUGAUAAAGCAAUACAGGCAUACUAUGACAAAUUCACAGGAUAGCAGUCUGUUUUUGAAUGGUAGAUUUCACUAACUAGGACGACGGUGAAGUCGUAUUCAGGAAUCAGAAGUGCCAACAUUAGCAGGUUUUCCUGUUCCUUCUGAUGAUGGUUUCAAUUUGAGAAGACUAUAACCGUAAUACAUUACAUGAAUAGAAUCUCCAUCCGUUUCUGUCUGCAGCCAUAACUUGUUGGCUUUUUGCUGUUUAACGAAGGCAAUUGACAGUUUUGUAGGUCUAGCUCUGAGAGAGUUUCUUUGUACAUGCUUUAACAGUGUUGAACGAGAGAUAUUUCUUCUUUAGAGGCUUCUUUUUUCAUUGAUAUGAUCUGUACGUGUAUUACAACAUUUGGAAUGUAGUCUGCAUUAGGCGUUGUGAGUUU